AUCUCAUCACAAUCUUCAUCAUCUCUAACCUCUAAACCCUUCCUCAUCUCGCUGUCUAACAGUGGUGAAAAAGUCAGAAAGGGCGAAGAGAGAAAAGAUAUUUUACCUUAUUUUAUACCAAAAUUCUUCUAUUUUUUUUAAUAAGGGAGAUUCAUUCUCUUGGGAGAUCUAGAGGAAUUUGUAAGACUCGGGGUUUGGGGGAGGAAAUCAUCAUGAGGAGAUAGCGGUACAAAGAUCGAGAGAGAGAGAGAGCUCAAUUUAGAGAGAUAAAAGAGAGGGGAUCUAGAAAGAGAAAAUUAGGGUUUUGGUCGGUGGCGAUGGCGUCGGGGAAGCUAGAGGGCCCGUCGGCGCCAGCCGCCCGCCGAGAUCCGUACGAGGUGCUUAGCGUCUCGAAAGAGGCUUCGGAUCAGGAGAUCAAAUCCGCUUACAGAAAGCUUGCCCUCAAGUAUCAUCCCGAUAAAAAUGCAAGCAACCCUGAAGCUUCAGAACGCUUCAAAGAAGUUGCAUAUUCGUAUAGCAUCUUAUCUGAUCCGGAGAAAAGAAGACAAUAUGAUACUGCUGGGUUUGAGGCUAUAGAAAGCGAAGGCAUGGACAUGGAGAUUGACUUGUCUAACCUGGGUACUGUCAAUACAAUGUUCGCAGCAUUAUUCAGUAAGCUUGGUGUUCCAAUAAAGACAACUAUUUCUGCCACUGUUCUUGAAGAAGCUCUAAAUGGAACCGUCACAAUUAGACCUCUUCCUCUGGGUACAUCUUUCAGUGGAAAGGUUGAGAAGCAGAGUGCUCACUUCUUUGGUGUAACAAUAAAUGAUCAACAAGCUCAGGCAGGAAUAGUAGUUAGAGUUACCUCAGCUGCUCAAAGUAAAUUUAAGCUUCUUUACUUUGAACAAGAGGCAACUGGAGGUUAUGGGUUAGCUUUACAGGAAGAUAGUGACAAGACAGGGAAGGUUACAUCUGCAGGGAUGUACUUCUUGCAUUUUCAAGUUUACCGGAUGGAUUCAACAGUGAAUGCGUUAGCAAUGGCAAAAGACCCUGAUAAUGCUUUCUUCAAAAGGUUGGACGGUCUUCAGCCGUGUGAAGUCUCUGAGUUAAAAUCUGGCACCCACAUUUUUGCUGUUUAUGGCGAUAAUUUUUUCAAGCCUGCAACUUAUACUAUUGAGGCUGUGUGUGCAAAAACGUUUGAGGAUACAACUGAGAAACUGAAGGAGAUUGAGGCCCAAAUAUUAGCAAAAAGGAAUGACUUACGGCAGUUUGAAGUAGAAUACAGAAAAGCAUUGGCAAGAUACAAUGAAGUGGUUGCCAAACUUAACCAAGAAAAGCAAUCUGUAGACGAACUUCUCAAAGAAAGAGAAAGUAUCCACUCGUCAUUCACAGCCACACGACCAGUUGUGAAUUCGAAUGGAAGCAGCGGCGAUGGCAGCAGCAGCAGCAGCAAAGUUCCCAAUGAUGAGGCCAAGGUUGACAGUCCAAUCGUGAAUGAUGGGAAUGAUGAUGGGAAGGAUAAAUCUAGCAAGAAGAAAUGGUUCAAUCUUAAUCUCAGUCGAUCUGAUAAGAAGACUUGAAAAACGUUAAGUCUGUUUUAAUACUUGCUCAGUGUUCGUUCUCAUAUUUGUAGCGAAUACCUUCUGAUAUUCAGAGGCCUCUUUCUCUCACUUGUUCAUUCUUUUCUUCUGAUCUCUUGCAGGUGCUGUAAGUUUUGCUUCUAUAGAUGUUAUGCUCACUGCUUUAUUUUGUAAACUAGUCAGCUGUUGGUUCACAGAGGUGUAUUCAUCAUAAUGGAGAAACCUGGUAGUAGGAAGUUACGGGUUCAUUUGACUCUUUGGGAGAUCAAUUGAUAUAUUUGUGGAAAUAUAUAAGAUUUGUCUUCUUUGCAUGUGCUAUAUAUUGGAAAGAGGUGAAUUCGGAUUUU